UUAAGUAAUGAAGCUGUGUAUUUUGUCUACCGCUGCCUAAAUGGCAUUUGGCUAGUGGUUUGCAGGGCUUUACACCUGAAGUUGGAAAAAGCAUCAAUUAACACUGCAGCAGCAAUGAGACAACUUUAAGCUUGCUAUUUACCCAUAUUUAUAUUUUGCAGAGAAAGAAAGAUGUUUGGAUGCAUGAACUGAGUGUAAAUGCGAGUGUGUGUGUGUGUGUGUGUGUGAGUUUGACCCACUUUAUCCACCGGGAUGGUUCCUCCUCCUCCUCCCUCAUGAAGUUGGAGCCAGGAAAUUGUGGUUGCCUAGCAAGUUUCACAUCUACGGUGCAAAGUUUGAAGACGUGUUGCUCCUCGGCUUGCUGUCUUCUUCUGCUCCAGAUCCCAAACUCAACCUGUGAAGAAAAAAAACACACAUUUUCCUCGUCGUGGUCCAGGUGGCAACACUGACGGUUCAACAUGUCGGUCGCAGGAUUCAAGAAGCAGUUUUACAAAGCGAGUCAGAUGGUCAGUGAGAAGGUUGGCGGUGCAGAGGGAACCAAACUGGAUGACGACUUCAAAGACCUCGAGAGGAAAGCAGAUGUGACCAGCAGAGCAGUGGUGGAAGUAAUUAAUAAAACAUCAGAGUACCUCCAGCCAAACCCAGCCACGAGAGCUAAGCUUUCCAUGCUCAACACAGUUUCCAAAAUCCGCGGGCAGGUGAAUAGUCCAGGCUACCCUCAGCCUGAGGGCCUCCUGGGGGAGUGCAUGACCAAGUAUGGAUGGGAUAUGGGCAAGGAUACUAACUUUGGUGGAGCUUUAGUAGACAUUGGGGAGUCAAUGAAGAGGUUGGCAGAGGUCAAGGACUCCUUAGAUAUUGAUGUGAAGCAGAACUUUAUCGACCCACUGCAGGCAGUCGCUGAGAAAGAUGUGAAGGACAUUCAGCACCACCUCAAGAAGCUGGAGGGACGCCGUCUGGACUACGAUUAUAAAAAGAAACGCCAAGGCAAAAUCCCAGAUGAAGAGCUCAGGCAGGCCCUGGAGAAGUUCCACGAGUCCAAAGAGGCGGCUGAAUGCUCCAUGCACAACCUGCUGGAAACAGAUGUGGAGCAGGUGAGUCAGCUGUCUUCUUUAGUGGAGUCCCUGCUGCAUUACCACCAACAGGCCUCUGAGGUCCUACAAGAUCUUUCAGACAAACUGAGAGUAAGGGUGAGUGAUGCGCAGGCUCGGCCAAAGCGCCAAUUCACACCCAAGCCAAGACCAGUCUAUGACUAUGGAGAGGUGGAACAAUCUAACGGAGGAUACUCCCCAGCUGCAACAAGCCCUCCAGCUUACUCUUCAGCUGAGCCGUGCUGCAAAGCCCUGUACGACUUUGAUCCCGAGAACGAGGGUGAGCUUGGCUUCAAUGAGGGCGACAUCAUCACCUUGGUCAGCCGGAUCGAUGAGAACUGGUUCGAGGGAAGCAUUCGUGGCAAAUCUGGAUACUUCCCAAACAACUACGUGGAAGUUGUGGUGCCUCUGCCCUAAUAAAAACAGCCAGGCAAGAAGGGGACAGCAGGAUGAAGGGGGGAAUGACAAAGCAUUAUUAAUAAUCCAAAGAUAUCUUUUCUUUAUUUUUGUUAAGGGGUAAACAUCUCCAUAUAGGGACCUAAUUUUAGAAUCUACCUGUAAAGCAAAGUUUUUAAAUUCUGUUAGAGUACAUCAAGCAUGAUUGGACUUUUUAUAGGCUGUAAGUGCGGUUUGAUCAGAAACAGCAGCUAAAUGUUAAGGUGCAUUUUCAAUAACAUGACUCUUGACAUUCAUUCUUUAUGCACCUGUGCACUUUGUACACUACAUCUCCAUCAUGGGGACAGAUGAAGAAAGAUCAAGAGAGAAUGACAUUAGUAAUAACAUGUCCAGAAGUAUCCAUUAACACUAAGAAGUGCAAAUGCUUUAUCCUUAUCCUCUUAGCCUUUUAUAUUGUGUACACAAGAUGAUGUUUUUUGAAUCGAAGUGCUUCAUAUUGGUACUACACACAUGCAUUUACAUGCAGUGUUUUCUACACUCCCAGUUUUCACUUGUGUGCUCAGGCUUGUGUCUUGUUGUCAUUGUAGUCAGCUAGAGUCAACAUGGAGGACUAACUGCCUUUUUUCAAUGUUUUUGAUUGUCCUCCACUGCCCUCUAGUGGCACCAGAGAUCAGUCAUAGCCACUUGACUUCAAGGUGGGUACUGGUCUCUAUUACCCCUUAAUGAAUCCAGACUAGGGGUCUUGUCUUUUGUUUUCAACUUGAUGUUUAAGAUAUAUAAAAACAGCAAGAGUACGACAGCAAGUAAUAUCAACAGACCGCUGUAUGGUGUGCUUUUUUAAACAUACACUUGUUCUGUUCAAAACAACCAGGGCUGUUUUACAAACCUUAGCUUAGUUUCUUGAUGACAGAAAAGUUGUUUUAUAGUGUAUAUGGAUGGGCGUCCGGAAAGAUCACUAUUAUAGUCUGCCUCCAACUCAAGUAUGCACAUUUAUUUUACACAUCGCUCCUUCUUUCACUACACUGUUCCCUGAGGCUGAAACAAAGAUUACACCGCUAAAGUUCAAAGUUAAUCUGCUUAUUCAAUGGUGGUAAAUGCAAAAAAUAUUAUUUCCCUUUUAUUUAAUGCAUAUUUUAAGGAAGCACAGCAGACUUUGUUCCCAUUUUGCUCAAAACUCAACAAUGUAACAUGUUUCAGCCCCUCCUCUAAUAUUUUCCAGCACAACAAAACCAUAUGCAGACAUCCUACAGUUCCUCUGUUUUCUCAGUCUCUAUCGAUACUGCUGGCGGUGUCAUUCACUAUUCUUUUUGGGCUUGUGCUCAACUGUUUGUUAUCGACUUUGAAGUCUGUGAUUUGUUUUCCACACAGUGCUGGGGUAAGCUUGGCUUUUCUACUCUAACCUCUUAUUUGGAGCAUGGAAAUUACUCUGAUGUGCUUUGGCUGUUUUUGUACCUGUCUCAGUUUUCAGGAUGAAACUGUGGACCACAUAUGACAGAAAAUGCAAUUUUCAAACUAUUGUGUACAGAUUUUACUUAUAAUGAGGAAGGCCUGCACACAAUAGGUGGAUUCAGUUUCAAUUAAGCCCAUUACAAGGUGACUGUGGACUGAGAAUGUUUGUGCUGUUCACUAAAAUGCCAACUUUCUCCCCUUGUCAUGAUCCCCUUGUUGGACCUCCCCCUGCCCCACUCAUCUCUCCCAUCUCUGGUUUAACGCGUAGCGGAACAGACAGGUCUUUUCAGCUGGGAAGGGCACACAGCAGUGGAUUAUACCCUCCCUCCCCCCCACUGGUCUUUAUUCACCACCUGCCCCUGUACCCCUGCCCCCUCUCUCAUUAUCCUCCCCAUCCCAAUCCCAUGGUGCCUCUGGAGCUCAGCCUCCUGGUCCAUCUCUGAAAUAAUCUCCUCAUUGUUGUCAUAGUAUGGGCCCCUUGAAUGAUAUAUUUGCAUGCCUGCUAUGUUAUUCAUGUUGUGUGUAUGGCCAGAAGCUGUGCUGAGUAAUAACGGUGUGGUUCAGGUGUGCGUUGACAUGCCUCAUUACACCAAAUCCAAAAGCACAGAGUUUGAUAGGGGAAAGGAGGAUGAGGGGGUAGGGUUUGAGGUUGAGCUAUUAUGUGGCCUGUAUGUUAUUGACGAUGAAUAAUGCGUGAAACAAAGAACGAAGAUACAUUUUUGUGUGCUGCUGUCACAGUGGAAUAGAUGUCUGAAUGCUGUGGCUGACAUUGAAAGCAGCACUCCAUUCUGUGAUGGCUCGUUUUGUUUGUACACCUUCUAGUGGCUCCACUUUGCAAUAUUGAUGAAUGAAGUAUUAUCAGAAUUUAAAGCUUUAUUUUAUUAUUCCUAAUGUUAAUGAAAUUGUCUGUGUUAAAAUGUAACUUGCUUUGCAUGUGUCUUCAUUACAGCCUCUCGUGUCUUAAGCAAUGCUAUAUUUUUGCAACUGUGAUAUGUUGGUCAGACCAAAAGUGGGAUUAUCCUGGAUUAUCACUAGGAUAUAUAGAUUACCUCUACACUAAAUGUACUCUUCUUUGUAUUAAGUAUAUUGUAUAUUUUUUAUUACCGUGUAAAGGGAAUUGGAUGCUGUUCUUCAAAUAAAUAUUUCGUAAUUUGA